AUGCUACGCAUUAAGGGUUUGGUAAGACUUUUUGAAUGUCGCAAUCUCCACCAUUGCAAUGUUGCUAGACAAAAGGUCGACCGGCCAGAUGCAAGUCGAAUAGGACAAGCAAAUCAUUUCAAAGAUGAGGAGGAUGUGACUAGUGUCCAAGAGAGAGCCCUGUUCGAACAAGUUUUUGAGAAUAUUAUGAAAAAGGAAGAACUGCGUAAAAAAAAUUCCAGUGACAUUUUUCUGGAUGCAUUUUCGAUCGAUACAAGCGAUGGCAGGUCAGAAAAUGGAAGUGAUGGAAAGCGGUUGCAGGUGGUGUUUGAAAAGAAAAAUGAAGAGAUACAAGCAACGGAUAAAAAGCUUUUCGACUUCUUCAAAAACACCAGUGGAAAUAGCGGCUCGGGUGAUAUAGGGGAAUCCGCUAAAUUGACGACGGACGAUAUAAGGAAUUAUCCCGUCUCAUUGGUGUCAAGCAUAUUCGCCGAUACGCAUGAAAAAAAUGCCAAUGAGACAACAUCACUUUCAUCUGGAAAGUUUCUAAAAAAUAUGGUUGAGUCGCCAACGAAGGAAAUUCGAUUCCAAACCGGAUUAGAUUUGAGACUGAGUAAAGAAGUUCUCAAAAAACUUGAAGCCAAAGAAAGAUUCAAAGCUGCCAUUGGAGAUGUUUUAAAACCUUAUCUUUCACUAACCUAUGAGAAAAUUGAGACAGAUUAUGACUUAUUAGAAUACGUACGAACUCUGUUGCAUCAGUAUACGAACAGAGACAAGUCAAGCGAUGUUACCGAGAUCAGCUCACCGGACAGUAUCCUUACACAAAUAAGUGAACAAUGUGAAGUUAACAAUAAAGUGUUACCGCAGCCUUACAGAAUAACAUUACCGUACAUUUUAGUGAAUUUACUGCAAUGCAAAGAGUUCAAUUUCCCCUCCGAGAGAAACUACACCAUAGCUUCAUAUAUUUACAGGGAAUGCAAGAGAAAUGCGGACAUAUCACUAUAUCUUAAUGUUUGUAAUGUCGACUUUUACAAUUUAUUACUCAAGCUGUCCUGGGAUAACUUUAGAGAAAUACAUCAGCUAAAACAGCUUACUACGGAAAUGAGUAUAAAUGGGAUAAGAGGUGAUAUUCAUACAAUAGAAAUACUUGACAAAGUUGUUCAUGAUCUAAGACAUUUAAACGACGGUAUCUUCGACGAAGAGACGGGGAAGAUUGAGGGGAAUCAAUUAGCCAUCGGAGUAGUAUGGUGCAGAGAGAAUAGCAUGGACUUGAUGACUGUGGAAAACUAUUUAAAAAAACUAAAAGAGAGCCUCAUAUAA